AGCUGCGAGCCCCACUGCGCACCUCUGAUUGGUCAGCCGGGAACAACCGCGCGCAACAACAUUCUUGCCGACGAGGGACCUGCGUUUUCCGGCUCCAUCUUUAUUAACAGCUCAAAUCCGCCGCAACGACAACACCCAAUUGAACCGGACCGGCGCAUCGAGCAGCUAGGCUUCUGUCUGCGUGGUCUGUCCCUUGGUCGAAUUCUCCUGAGAAUUACGGUUGCGCGCGACGCAUUUCGCCAACAUGAGCUACGUCACACGCCGGGCGCUUUCGACGCUCAUCCCGCCCAAGAUUGCCUCCCCCAAGGCGGUUGGCGGUGCUCCUGACGCUGCCCGCAUGCAGCGACUCGUCAACUUCUACGAGAAGCUUCCCCGUGGCCCAGCUCCCGAGCCCGAAGCCAAGGGCAUUCUCGGCAGGUACCAGGCCAAGCAUUUUGGCAAGAAUCCAACGGUGAAGCCUGUUAUUCACGCCAUCGUUGGCCUCCUCAUUAUCGGCUACGCCCAAAACUACUACUUCCACCUCCGCCACCACAAGAACAACGCCCACUGAACUAGGGGCGGAAGGGCGUUUCGAACCGACUAUGGCCGGCACGUGUACAUGAGCUGUUAUCAAUAGACUUGGUGCCUAUCACGCACUGUAACAGAUCUCCUUUGUUCACUCACCCGAGUUCGGCCACGAGUGCUUGUUGUGCCAGAAGUCUAGUUGAUCUUGGGCCUGGUGUCUUGUCCCUUGAGUUCGAGUGAUGCCGGACUGAGUAAGCAUUGUCUGUCCCACCCACAGACAUUACUCUUCUUCUCGG